AUGACUGACGGAGCCACAGUGUUCAAGGCGGCGGCUGAGGGGAAGGCUGACGCCAACCUCACCCACACACUGCUGCCCAUGAUGGUGGCCCAGGCCCGCCUGCUUCGGCGGCGGCUAUCCUGGUGCGUGACGGUGGUGGUGGUGAGCGACGACCCCGUCUUUCUCAGUGCCUUCGCAGAGGCGGCGGACAGCGGCCGCCUGAUGGUGUGGGAGACGAGGAUGCUGGUGGUCACCAGGGCGGCCAAGCCUCAGAUUAUGAAUCUGAUGAAGAAUUACUGGACCUUCUCCAUGAUGAAUACCAUGUUCCUCACGCCGACGUCAGAGUAUGGCGAUGAAAGAUGCCAGUUGUAUGCGCACUUGCCCUACACUUCUACCGGAGCUCAGGUGGUGCUAGCGGCCAGCUGGAGUGCAAGUCAUGGACUAGUGCAAAUCAGCGGACACACGAUAUUCCCGGAGAAAUACAAAAACUUUCAUGGAAUGAGCAUCAACGUGACUUGGUACCCUAUGGCACCUUAUUUCAUGGAGGUUAGAGAUCUGGACAACAAAACAAAUCAAGCGCCUCGUUAUGCUGGAAGGGAUUACAUAAUUCUUGAGGGGAUCGCAGAAGCUCUCAAUUUCUCGAUUAAUGUCCUUCCUUAUACUGAGUUAGAUAAGGUACUGACGCGCCUCGUCACUCGACAAGCUUAUAUACGUCCCUUCAGAGUAGCCAUAUUGCCACACUUAAUUGAGAUGUUUGACUUCACUAUGUUUAUUGAGCGAGCCACGCUGGCCUUCGGCAUGGCCAAGCCUACCCUCAAGCCCAGCUGGCAGAGCCUCUACUACCCGCUGCAGCCCGCGGUGUGGGGGUCCAUCAUGGCCUCCGUCCUCCUCGUCUUGUCUGUUCUCUUGGUGGUAAAGCCCAAAGGCGAAGAAAAGGGCCCCGAGGCGUGGCUGGUGGUGAAGCUGGUGGUGGGGACGCUGCUCGACGAGGCCAUCCCUGGAGAGCUGCCACGGCGAAGCUCGACGCGGGUGGUGUUGGCGGCGUGGCUCAUCUUCUCCUUCAUCGUGGGAACUGUUUACCGCAGCAACCUGACCGCCAGCCUCACCGUGCCCAAGUACCCGCCCCGCGCAGAGACCCUCGCUGACCUGGUCGACACCGGGGCGAAGUACUCGUCUAUUUCUGCUUACAGUAUAUUCAUAAAUCAUGUCAAGAGGAUUUGUUUUUUCUCUCCAAACAUCUUUUAUGUCAUCGAGAUCAAAAUGAAGCAAGCGUAG